AUGGUUUUGAAGUUUGCUAUCUUGGUUUCGAUCCGAAUCAUUUUUGCAAGAGAAAAUGCCAAAAAAAGUAAACUAUUGGGUUUCAAUGAUGAAAACAACGUCAUUUCGAGCGAUCUUCCAUAUCGUGAAAAGUCCGACCAGAAAGGAGCCAGUGUGAAGAACGCAUAUGUUUCUAAGUUUGACUUAACUGAUCUCGAAAAUAAGUAG